AGAACCCUGAACUCCGUUGCACUAGCACUAGGGUUUUUGUUCGCUGCUGCGAUUCCCUUGGAAGAAAAUGGGAACCGGUUCGACGUUGGCCGGGAAGGAAGUCCCAAUCAUUGGAAGCGACGCCGUUCGCUGGAUCGACCUCUCCGUUCCUUCUUCCUCCAACAUUGCCGCCGUCGACGGCGGUGCCGCACCUCCCCCCACCGACGACCGCGCCUCCUGCUUCGUCAUUGGAGAUCCUCCUUCCUAUCUCAUCUGGAGAAUUCACAAAGCUCAGCCUCAAGCUCUCGAGUUGCUCGAGCUCGAUGCUCUUAAAGAAUUUCCUCGCGUGGGACUCAGAUUCACUUUCCCCGAGGCGCUUUGCCCCUUCGCAUUCAUCUGCAAAAACGAGUUUUCUGGCGCUUCUAGAUUCCCUUACUUGCUUUAUGUGUUGACUGUUUCUGGCGUGGCUUACCUCUUGAGAAUUCGAAAUGUUUCUGCAUAUGCGUCUAUCUCCAUUUUUCCCGUGGACGAGCUUUUUGAGCUUAAUGUGCGUGGUUAUAUUCCCAAUCAUGCGGCGAUAACUGCCGUAACUGCAACCGCUGGGGGUCUUCUUGUUGGCACGAGUGAUGGUUGUGUUUGCUGUUUCCAACUUGGUGUAGUUGAUCCAAGUGCUCCUGGUUUUGUGCAUGAGCUGAGAGAUGAGGCUGGAAUCAGUCGCUUGUGGGGUUUAAUAUCACGGGGGAAAAUGGUGGGUACUGUACAAGAGUUGGUAAUUUUGGAGUUGCACGAGAAAAAGUUUUUGUUUGUGCUUCAUUUGGAUGGGACAUUACGAAUAUGGGAUCUUGCAUCUCAUAGCAGGGUCUUUAGUCAUAACAUGAGCAUUUUGACAAUGGCAGGUGCUGCCUUUUUAAGAUUAUGGGUGGGUCAAUCUCACCUCGAUUCAAGUAUAAUUCCUUUGGCAAUUUUGUACAGACACACAUCGGAUGAAAACUUGGAGAUGAUCUCUUUAUAUAGUAUCCUGUAUAAUUUUGGGGACAGAAUUGUUUUCUCUAUGGAGCCUUCAGUGCAAAAUAUUCCCUUGGAGGAGGGACGAUGCCUUGAUGUUAAAUUAACAUUGGAUAAGAUGUGGAUACUGAAGGAUGAUGAAUUAGUAUCACACAUGUUUUCUACAAAUACUGAUGAGGUAGAAGCAUAUUCUUAUGCCUUACAGGAAGAAUUUGUUGCUGAUCAGCUAUUUCAAAGUUCAGAACACCUUGCAGAUGAAAUUUUGCGGAUCACACAAUCAAUAUUUUCAUCUUCAAAGGAUGAUAUUUUGCCUUUUGUAUCUUCUAUUUUCUUAAGAAGGCUGCUUCUUCCUGGGGUUCUUCAUAGUGGUACUUUGUAUGCAACUCUGGUUGAGUAUAGCGGGCAUUUGAGUGAAUCUGAGUUACAAACAUUAACUGCUGAUGGACUGAAAAAGGAGAUACUUUCAGUUAUAGAACACGAGGUUGGAUCUGAAAAAGUGUCUUUAUUGCACUGCUGGAAAUGCUUUUUCACCCGCUAUUUCCAUAAUUGGUGCAAGAACAAUACCUCAUAUGGUUUGCUUGUUGAUACCUCUGCUGAUGCUGUUGGUUUAAUCAGAAAAAACACAGUUUCACUUUUCCGGUCUUUGGAAGAUAUUGAGCGGAUUGUAGAGGGUUCUUCAGAUGAAGUUGGUGAGCUCACAGGCCUUGUGGAUAUAUUUGAUGAUGAUCUGGAAUGUGAAAUUCUCAUUGAGGUGCUCAGAUGUGUUAUAAGUUUCAGCCAACAGUUGGGCAAAACUGCUUCUUCUAUAUUUUAUGAAUCUCUUUUAACUGCACCUGCGAUCUCUUCUGAAGAUAUCAUUUGCUAUAUUGUGAAGAUUCUGGAAACUGGAUAUUGUUUGCCAGGUCCAGCACUCCAAACUUCUACAUCUGGGGAUCAUAUAAUUCUUGAGAAGGAGGUAGCAGAUCAUAAAAGUUUGAGGAAACUUUCUGUUGAUAUAUUUCUGUCGCUUCAAGGCUUGUACAAAAAGGCUUCUGCAUGGGGCAAGAUUCUAAAUGUAAUUGAGAGUUUCCUGAAAUUUUUGGUUCCACAGAAAGUAAUACAAAAUUUUGACACUGAAAUGUCAUCAAACAUAAAUUCCUCCGUUAUAGUCUAUACUACUUAUCAGAUUGCAAAGGUUAUGUUCGAAUCUGCCUGGGAUUUUCUUCUAUUUUUAAGCUAUUUGGUGGACAUCAAUGGUCAGGUCCACUUGUCACAUGAUGAUAUAACCAAAAUACAGCUUGAGUUAGUUCCAAUGCUUCAAGAAAUUAUUUUUGAAUGGUUAAUCAUCUUCUUCUUUACCAUCACACCAGCUGCACCAGCUGUAACUGAGGACUUCAAUUCAAAACUUUCAUCAUUACAAAUAGAUAACAACAUGGGGAAACAAUUGUGGAAUGAGAAGCUUGGCAGAUGGGACUUCACAUUGGCUUUUAUAUUCUUGCUCAAUGUUGGAAGUUCAUCUAUGGACCAUAACAACUUCUCUUCAGAACGUUUUUCAAAUGUGCAGAGCUUCAUUAAUAGGACAAGAGAUUUCAUCAGUUGGAUCAUUUGGGGCCAGGCUGGGGGAUCUUCUACUUUCUUGAUCCGUUCUGUUGAUCUUGCAUUUAUCCUUUUCAAGCAUGGCCAGUAUGGUGCUGCUGAGCAAUUGCUUAUGAUGGCGGAAGCACAUUUACUAAAGGAGAAGACAUCCCAAAGUAUUCAAGAUGCUGAUGGUGGAUGGUGCAUACGUCAUCAUCUUCUAGGAUGUUGCCUACUUGCGCAGGUGCAGUGCGGAUUACAUACAAUCCAGAAGGAUAAGAAAGUUUCUGAUGCCAUUCGCUGUUUCUUUAGGUCUUCAUCUGGAAAUGGUGCAUCUGAGGCUCUGCAGAGUUUAUCUGCCGAUGUAGGAAUUCCAUAUCUUGGCUUUAGUGGUUGUGCAUCAAUUGCUGCAUGGAAGCUUCAAUACUAUCAAUGGGCAAUGCAGUUAUUUGAACGUUAUAGCAUUAGCGAAGGUGCCUGCCAGUUUGCUCUUGCUGCACUAGAGCAAGUUGACGAGGCUCUAUGUAUGAAAGAUGAGAAGUGCAUGAACAGCUUGGAUAAUGAAUCAGUGACAACCAUCAAGGGACGACUGUGGGCAAAUGUUUUCAUAUUUGCGUUAGACCUUGGUCGAUACUAUGAUGCGUAUUGUGCUAUAAUUUCAAAUCCAGAUGAGGAGAGCAAGUACAUCUGCUUGAGGCGUUUCAUAAUUGUUCUUUAUGAACAAGGAGCUAUAAAGAUUCUCUGCAGUAAUAAACUUCCCCUUAUCGGUUUAGCGGAAAAAGUAGAGCAAGAGCUUGCUUGGAAGGCUGAACGAUCUGAUAUUUCUGCGAAGCCAAACUUGUAUAAGUUGCUUUAUGCAUUUCAAUUACACCAGCAUAACUGGCGCCGAGCAGCAAACUACAUAUACAUGUAUUCAGCUCGUUUGAGAACUGAAGCGGCUUUGAAAGAUAGCCAAGGCAGUUCCUUGAUGUUGCAAGAGAGGCUGAAUGCACUUUCUGCUGCUGUCAAUGCACUGCAUCUUGUUCAUCCUGCAUAUGCCUGGAUUGAUUCAUUGGCUGAGGGAAAUUCUCUUAUGAAUGAACAAUAUCCAAGUAAGAAAGCUAAAAGAACCCCAGACGAACAUACACCAGGUGAUAAUGGUGCUGAGCCUCAAGACUGGCAGUCCUCUAUUGAUAUUGAAAAACUUGAGAAUGAGUUUGUGCUAACUUCAGCAGAGUAUAUGCUGUCACUUGUAAAUGUCAAGUGGACAUUUUCUGGAAAACAUGGAGCUCUAUCAGAUUUGGCUGAACUGCUCGUCCAAAAUAAUUUGUAUGAUAUGGCCUUUACAAUCCUUCUCAGAUUUUUCAAGGGUUCUGGACUGAAGAGGGAACUGGAAAGAAUUUUUUCUGCUAUCUCAUUGAAUUGCUGUCUAGAUAAAGUGGAAUCCACUUGGGUUGAGGAACAUGGUCAUUUAUUAACAUCAUCAAAGCUUGAGAUGGUAAUCCAUGGCUCACCUGUUACAGUUCCCACAAAUCCACGACCUGACAGAUAUAGUCGUUGGGCAACUCUUAAGCUUUACCUUGAGAAGUAUAAGGAGUUUCAUGGUAGAUUACCGGUUAUUGUUGCUGAAACUCUUCUACGCUCAGAUCCUAAAAUUGAAUUGCCUCUUUGGCUUGUUCAAAUGUUCAAGGAGGGUCAAAAGGAAAGGAUGUGGGGGAUGACUGGCAGGGAAUCAAAUCCAGCAUCUUUAUUUCAGCUUUAUGUUAGCUAUGAUCGAUAUGCAGAAGCUACUUAUCUUUUGCUUGAGUGCAUAGAGUCAUUUGCUUCAAUGAGACCAGCAGAUAUAAUUAGAAGGAAAAGACCAUUUGCUGUUUGGUUCCCAUACACAACAAUUGAGCGACUUUUGUACCAACUUGAGGAACUAAUCAGAAUGGGUCACAUGGUAGAUCACUGUGACAAGCUCAAAAAGAUGUUACAUGGUUCUUUACAAAAUCAUCUGAAGAUGUUGAAGGUGGACUCCGAUGAUGCAAUUUCUGUAUCUUCUUAAUUGCUACUUAACUGACCACUGGAGGUGGUAGAUAACAGUGCUUUCACAGUGCUCUUAAUUACUAGCUGUGCUAACAGCAUAAUAUCUGGUGAAAAGGCCUGAACACGGAAUGCUGAAAUUUUGGGAUGUAAAAGCCAUGACAGUUGAGUUUUCCCCUUCUCUUACCAGCAGGGAACAGAGCAAAUAUGACCGAACGAUGGCCAGUACCUAAUGUUGUCAAGAAUUGGAGACGUAGUCCUAAUCGUGUCCAUAAACACCCUUGUAAAAUUUGUAUAUGCUGUCUACAGGAAAUGUCAAGGAAAGGUUGAUUGGCCGCCUUGUUUGAUGUGGAUGCUAAGGCUGGAUUGACGCAAUCACAGUUCAACUGAUUGUAAGGAAAUUCAGUAAUGAUUAGUGGAUGAAUAUAUGUUACCCGUUUUUGCCCACCAAAGGUUGACAAAAAAAGUGUUCUGGAGGAAAUUCAAUUCGAGAACGACAUGAUCUAGUUUUAUGCCUUUUAUUUGGGAUCUAGUUUGAAAAAAUUAAUGGGCAACUCGACCAGGGAUACAAAACCCAACUCGCUUACUAAAUUGUAGCCAGUUCAAAUGUGUCUUGGUCGCCUAUAUAAUGCGUUGUAAUGAUAUCCCAUAAACCUUAUUAAGGUUUUAGUGAGCUGUAUGUAAGAACAUGAGCAUAGCAAUUUCUUGAGCUUACAAACUAGAGAUUUAGUUAUAGUAUAAAUUUUGAAUGUCUCACCCCCAAAUUGUUAUUUAGAAAUUACUUGGUCAUUCAAUAGCAUAAGUCUAGUACUAAUGCAAGCCAGAUAUACGGUAUUUUUGUAUGGCAAUGUACAAUUGGAAUAACAAGAUUUGACCCUACUAAUUCAAUCGAUGAUCUAUUAACUCAGUCCCUCAUUGAUUUAACAAUGGAUCAUUGAUCUAUUGAGUUAAUAGUCCAAUUUGUUAUGUAUAUAGUUUUGCUUAUUUGCUACUGGAUUUAGUGAGCACAUGAAUCACCAACAAUUUGAAAAGUGAUUUUGAUGUGUCGACGAAAGAUGAUACGAGAGAGCUCUUUUUCAGUGCGAUGAGUAACGUGGUGACAUAGGAUGAGUUUUGUGGUGAGUCGAUUGUGAGAGAUUCGUUUGGUUCAAAAAGGCUGUAUAAUUUUUUAUCAGGAGGUGAAGUGUUCUUGCCCGGACUUGAAUUUGAAAUUACAAGUUAAACUAGGAACAAUUUUUUGCCAGUUGAUGACAUUCGACUCACUACGUUUAACUGAACCGACUACCUAACCAAAUCACUGGUCAAACUAGUCCAUUCACACAUUUUAAAAACUUAUUAUUGGAAAAUCAAUUAAAAUUGUAAUCGAAACAAAUGGUACUGAAUAAUAUUCUCACCGCUUUUACAAAACACAUCUUAGAAUAUAUUAAUGCAUUUUUUAUUUAAAACACUAAUUUCUGAGAAUUGUUUUUCAGAAUAUAAAUUAAAAUCAAUAAAGAUAAUAUUGAUAAUAAAAUAAGGUCGAAUGAUAUUAAAUAAAAAUAAAAUUGUUAUAAUAUUUUAAAAUUUUAAGAAAAUUAACUAUAUUUAACUACUUUUAAGGAAUCAUAUGAUUUAAAUAAAAAGAUUCUAUGUAAUAGUUUAUCAUUAAAAGGUUAUAUUAAUGGUUAUUAUUGUCGACUUUUCUAAUAACGUAACCAUAGAUCUCAUCACAAUAAAACGUUUCUCCUCAACAUUUCACAUUAAACAAACUAGAGGGAGGA